CACAAGGAAGGUCUGCUCUGCAUACUCACACUCUCAACUCAUCUUUACGCUGAGAAAAACCAACACAGUGCAGGUACCAGCAGAUUGAGCUUUUCUGUCAUGGAGGGCAAUAUCAGUGGAUCGGUUGCAAGCACGCAGCCACCUGUGUCCGGAGAACAGACAGAUGGACACAUUUACGAGGUUGCGGUGCAGAACAGCUCCACCUCCCAGUUUGCAGAUGUGGCUCUGCUGCAGACGUUCAAGCCUCUCAUCAUCCCCUGUUAUGUGCUCGUUGUGGUGGUGGGCGUCUUUGGGAAUUACUUGCUUCUCUAUGUCAUCUGCCGAACCCGCAAGAUGUACAAUGUCACCAACUUCUUCAUCGGAAACCUGGCCUUCUCUGACAUGCUCAUGUGUGUGACCUGCGUCCCUUUCACUCUCGCCUACGCCUUCAACCCGCACGGUUGGGUUUUUGGCCGUCCGAUGUGCUACCUGGUGUUCCUCAUCCAGCCAGUGACAGUCUAUGUGUCAGUCUUCACGCUCACUGCUAUUGCUGUGGACAGAUAUUACGCAACAGUUCAUCCCCUGAAGAAGCGUACCUCUGUGGCUACCUGCGCCUCCGUCCUCACCAGCAUCUGGCUGCUAUCCUGCGUGCUGGUCGCUCCAGCAGUCACCCACACGUACCAUGUAGAGUUCAAAGAAGAAGGCUUCACCAUCUGUGAGGAAUUCUGGUUGGGCAAAGAGAAAGAAAGACGUGCUUAUGCAUACAGCACUCUGCUGGUUACGUACGUCCUGCCGUUGUCCGCUGUCUUUGUCUCUUAUCUCUGUAUUACUGUGAAACUAAGAAAGUGUGUUGCACCGGGCCGCAGGACACAAGACCAGGCGGGUGCUCAACAAGCUCGUAAGAGAAAGAUCUUUCGCCUGGUUGCACUCUUGGUGUCAGCCUUUGCAGUGUGUUGGCUUCCUAUUCAUGUAUUCAAUGUGCUACGAGACAUAGACAUCCAUCUAAUUAACAAGCGCUACUUUUUACUCAUCCAACUGCUGUGCCACCUGUGCGCCAUGAGCUCAUCCUGCUGUAACCCCUUCCUCUAUGCGUGGCUACACGACCGCUUCCGCACUGAGCUACGGAAGAUGUUCAAGUGCCGUCAUCGCAUUGGAGUGCCUGCUAAUCACUGUGCUGCCAGUGUGGUCUUGUAAUUAUCUGGUGAAGAGAAUCCUUUGUCUUUAUUUCAGUGCAAGUUGAAGAUUUAUCUGGAGUACAUGUAGAAACUUCGGUGUGUCAAACUAACGGAGUUCAUCUUAUAGCCCAAAGCAAAAUCCACAGAAACUUUCAGGGAAAUCCAGCCAUUAAGUUAUUUGGUGUACAAGGACGAUUUAUUGUCCAGGGGUGGGUCUUCAGGAGGCAGCAUGAAGGUGUUCAGUCAAUUGUAAAGGUAAUCUUCCCAUUACAGUUAGAGAUAUGGACAUUUUAAAUGGGGUUUACCCAUCAAUAUCUAUUUUAUCACAAUCCAGCCAUUAGAUAUACAGUAUCUUGUAUGUUGGGUUUAUCCACUAGUGUGCCCAGAAAAUGUCAUGACAAUCCACCACUUUCAUCUACUUAAGGGGACAAAUGGAUUGAUUGAUUGAUUGAUUGUCACUAGAUGAUGGACUCUGGGGACUAUAAAUACCAGCAGCAUGAUUUUAUGAAAAUCAGGCCAUUACUUUGUUAGAUGAAAAACGUGGUUGUAUGCCUCCACCUACCCGUCAAGUUGCAGUUUACAUCCAUGUCUGUACAAAAUGUUACCACUUCAAAUUGUUAUCCUAUUAAGACAUUUGUGUGAAAUUGUCAUAAUAAGCAUGCAAAUUCUUGAGUUAUUGCCAAAGCGUGUUUUGUGAGGUGACGGCGACAGAGACCAUGACCUUUGACCACCACCUUGGGUCCAAAUGGACGUUUCAGCCAAAUUUGAAGAAAUUCCAUCAAGGCUUUGAGAUAUCGCGUUUAUGAGAACGUACGGACAACCCGCAAACAUAAUGACUCCAGCCACGGCUGUCUCGCUGUUUACUACAAAUGUACAACUCUUGAUAGGAGCUAGUUUUUCAAGCUAAGAUAAGUCGUACCAAUAAAAACUGAGAAAGCUGUGGAGACAUGAA